UAAGGCACAGAGAUCAUAAAAUCUUUGUUUUCAGAUAGUCAAAUAUGAAGCCGAGUGUCAGCUGUCUAUUAUUAUUUGUCAUUGGAUAUGUGCAAGGAUUAGGGAAGACAAUACUUGAAGGAGAUGUGUUCAUUGAAUUAAUCGGAGCUAUCUAUGUUGAACCGGGAAACGAAAUAAAUUCAACUUGUAGAAAUAUUGAGGCAGAGACCGUCCAAAAUAUCCAAGCAAUUAAAUGGACUUUGUCAAGACUUAAUGAUCUGAACUACAUCAAUAAUUUGAAAAUUGGUUUACGUGUCAGUCCAACGUGUAAAAAGGAGGGUGAAGCUGAAAGGUUGGCUCACCAGCUUGCAACAGAAUUGUAUGAAGCAACAGAAGCUAGAAUUGUCGGGGUUAUUGGGUCUGACUACAGUUUCGAGACCGAUGCGAUCUCUCGUCUGCUCAGUUCCUUGCCGGAGCGAGAUCGUCUGCUACAAAUGAGUUACUCUGCAACCUCAGCGUCUCUUCGGGACCGAAACAUCUACAAAAAUUUCUUUAGAACUAUCCCACCCGAUGAUAUACAGGUUGAGGUCAUGUUGAAAUAUCUCGAAAUUCUUGAUUGGACGUACAUGGCUAUUAUACAUGAUAAUGAGACAUACGGACGUGGUGGAAGGGAUGCACUUAUGGAAAGAAGUCGGGGACUUGACGUUUGUUUUCCUAUUCAAAUUGCAGUAGAUGAGCUGAAUAUUGACACAGUUAAACUUGAAUCUGAUAUUAAGCAAAAGAUAAUUGAUGCAGAUAUACCUGUAAAUGGUAUUCUUGUUUUUGGAAAUUCCGUUUUAGCGGAUCAGGUUCUAGUUGCAACCGAAAAUGUUAUUGCAUCUUUACCGAAUGCGACACGUCCUGUAUUUCUAUUUUCCGAAGCCGGAGGUUAUAUACAAGGACAUCAUACAAAUAUUUCAAGAGGGGCGUUUGUGCUUAGUCCUCCUAGAAGAAGCAUUGAAGACUUUAGGACUGAAUGGGUCAACAUUCUGACAGAUACAACACGACUGUAUCAGGAAAUUAAAUCAAAUACUUGGAUAAGAGAUGUAUUUAGAUCUAAAUUCGACUGUGAAUUAGCUGACAUUGAACAAAACCAUAAUUGUCCUCAACUAUCUGCGUCAGAAAUAAACAGCGUUACGCCUGAUUCAGUGUACAACCAAUAUGCGAUACAGACAGCAAUGGUCAUCGCUAAAGUUGUAAAAACAGUUUACGAAAACAAAUGUUCUGGUCAAGUCAGUGUAUGUGAUGCUUUCCUUGAUAGUGUCAAGACACCAAGGCAGGAGUUUAUAACGAGUUUAACACAAAUACCGCGGAUAAAUUUUGACAGUUUUGAAAAUUUCAGAGUGAAGGAGUUUCAGAAUCCAGACAUAAUCGUAAGUUUUGGUGCUACUUGCGAGGUCAAUAUUGAUGAUGGAUUUCCAAUUUACGAAGUUUACAACCAUCAGAGAUGUGAUGCUCUUCCAUUUUGUCUUAAAAACGUUGCCCAGUACAUAUCGUCGGAUUUGGAAGCAGCGACAUCUGACAUUAAAGAUUAUGACGAGGAUGGGCAGGAGAAACUGUGGCCAAAUAUUCGAAAAGCACAAUGUCCUGACGGCUCACUAUGUCAACGUUGCGCCGAGGAAAAACUUGAUGAUUACCUGUUGUUUAUUCCUGGUGACAUGUAUAUAGUUGGUAUUGUCCCAGUUCAUAAUAAAGGUUCAACGCCAUUACAAUGCGGAGAUAUCAAACACGGUGGGCUAGAUGUUGUUGAGACCAUUCGAUUUGCUGUGACAGAGGCAAAAACAAAACCGGCAGCUGAUAUUGGAAUUAUAAUAGUUGAUAGUUGUAAUGAUCCUCAGAUUAUCCAGGAGAAAAUAUUAACAUUACACAGACUUGGUGUGUAUAAAGACGGUAAGUAUAUAUAUGUUGGUGAUAAAGUCCUUGGCUAUAUUGGAGGAUGGUCCAGUGAUGUCAGCAAAGCUGUUGCAGAGAUAACAUCACGUUUAGGUUAUCCGCAGAUAAGUUAUGCAUCAACAGCACAAUCCUUAAGCAGACGAUCAACGUACCCAUACUUCUUACGUGUGCCAAGUGCAGACUCAAGACAAGCUGAAACUAUUCUCCGACUUGUUCAAACGCUUGCAGGGAACUUCAUCCAGAUUCUUUACAGCGAGUCGGAAUACGGAGAAGGUGGAAGAAAUCUUUUGCUAGACCUAAUCAGAACAUCAACUUUUGACCUAUGUGUUGCACAAACACUUCCAAUUUCAAGAAACAGUGACAAAGCUACUAUUCUUUCUAAAAUGAGAAUGUAUCCUCAAGCUAAAAUUGUGGUUUUAUUUCUUGGUUCUUUUGAAAUCGAAUACAUGAUCCAGACUUUCAAUACAAUCUCCAAGAACGAGUUUGUAUUCAUAAGUUCGGAAGGUAUGGGUACAAGAAUUGAUAUAAGUAACUACAGAAAUUUGAUUGGCACUUUAACAAUAACGUCUCAACUGACAAUAAACGAAAAACUCACGGACCAUUUGAAACAUCUACAGCCUGAUGGUUCAAAUAUUGAUGCUUGGAUCCGGCCAUACAUGGAAAUGGUGUUCGACUGUUACUUUCAGUGGAGUUUCAAUAAAACUUCAAACAAACUGUGUUCCGGAAUGGAAUCUCUCGAUGUUUACAAAACAGAUUUUAGAAUAGAUGCAUGGGCACCAUUUGCUGAACGGGCUGUCACUGCGCUAUUGGAAAGCGCUGAAAAAGCUCUAAGAGACAAGUGUAAUGGUAACACCGGUGCAAUUUGUUUCCAGUACAGGAACAAUACUUCUUAUGUGUAUGAACAAAUAAAGAACUAUGAACGUUUAGGAAGCAGUGGUUUCAGGUCAAGAGUGUUUGAUGAUAAUGCUGAUGGUACGGCAGGUUAUCAAAUCUACGUCAUCGAUGUUGAUUCAAUCACUGGAAAGGCAAAAUAUAAAAAGAUAGGUGACAGUACGUUAAGCAUUGAUGGCAGUAACUCUGUGGCUGUUACAUUCCAAACCGCUUUGUAUAACACCGUUCGGGGUGCUGUGGUCAACUCAACAUGCACUAGUACCAUUGACGUUUGUAACACUUGCUUUGCAACACCACCAGGGUAUGGUUCAGUGUAUGUUUUGAUUCAUUGCAUGGAUGUGUUGGCUAAUUUUAGUCUGCACUGGUCGCAUAGGUAUAAUUUGUUACCGCCAGCAGGCUAAAAGUCAAUACAGAUU